AUGAAUCAAAAGAGAUCAGAGUCCUUCAUAAAAAAAGUGGAUACAAACACAGAAUUGCUUAUUUCAAGAUUCACCAACAUCAUAGGACUAUCCGCAUCCACCAGCUCACAGGAAGUACAGGCUUCAGAAAUGUUGCAAAUUGAACUACAUGCCCAAACUAUGGUGCGAUUAAUAGAGGAAUUGUUAUCAGUGUCCAGGACUUUGAAAGAAAGUUGGAUAUUAGGUCAAUUACCAGAGUCUAAGGAUGUUAAGGAUCCAACUAUUGGUAUAACUGAAAAGAUUAAUAAUGUUUUGGAUAAAGUUUUGAAUAGUGAGAAGUUUGAAGAAGAGGUUGAGAUUGAUGAAGAAGAGGUUGAGAUUGAUGAAGAUGAAGAAAUUGUUGACGAGACAGAGGAAGUGAAGGAAGAGCCAAAGCAAGAGGUCAAAGAUGAAGUAAAGAAGGAAGAAACGGUGAAGGAUGAAGUCACUGAGGAUACUGAGGUUAAAGAGGAGCCUAAAGACGUACAAGUGAAAGAAGAGAAAGAAGAAACUAAUGGGAUUAACGAGCAUAAUAAUGAAAAUGUGAAUAUACCGAAUGAUGAUGUGAUAGAUAUCAGUGAUAAUCCAAACUUUGAUGAAUUGGAUUUUGAAAGCUUUGGUAAUAUGGACCAAAACAAUGAUGAUAAUAAUGAUAUUAUAAUGAUUGAUUAA